AUGACACCUCUGACAACUGCUUGUAGUGGGGGAAAUGAGAAGAUAGUACAGUUACUUAUAGACAAAGGAAGUGAGGUUAACCUGGUGGAUUGUAUAAAACAGACACCUCUGCCAGCUGCUUGUAGUAGAGGAAAUGAGAAGAUAGUAAAGUUACUUUUAGACAAAGGAAGUGAGCUUAACCUGGUUGAUAGUAUGAGAAUGACACCUCUGAUGGCUGCUUGUAGAAGAGGGAAUAUGAAUAAGAGAAAAAAUCAUAAAUAUCUGUUUACAAAUCAAAAUCCGUAUACAACUACAUAUAAAAAUCCGAAACCUUUUAAAACAAAACAAAAGACGAGUUAGAGAUGGACUCAGAAAUACUACAGCCCCAAUAAAGUAUUGCACCUACUGUAA